AUGUCGUCCACAUCCAAGCUCUUUCAGCCAAUUCGGCUGGGCAAUAUGAAGCUACAGCACAGGAUCGUCAUGGCCCCAUUGACUCGGUUCCGAGCAGACGAGGAUCAAGUUCCCCUUCCGCAAUGUCUCGAAUACUAUGCGCAGAGAGCUAGCUCUCCCGGUACCCUGAUUAUUGCCGAGGCAACCUCCAUCUCCCCGCGUCAUUCUGCAGGGUCACAUGCCCCCGGCAUAUGGUCGCAGACCCAGAUCGAUGGCUGGAAGAAGAUCACCGAUGAAGUUCACGCGAAGGGUUGUUUCAUGUACUGCCAGAUCUUUGCUCCCGGUCGUGCUGGCCACAAGGAAGAAUAUCCCUUAUACAGUUCUAGUGCUGUAUCCAUGACCGAUGGCGACUCAGACGCGGUUCCCCAAGAGAUGACCGAGUCUGACAUCUGGGAUUGCAUCGCUGAUUUCAAAACGGCUGCCCAAAACGCUAUCAAGGCCGGCUUCGACGGCGUAGAGCUGCACGGAGCAAAUGGAUACCUCAUCGAUCAGUUCAGCCAGAAUACGUGCAAUAUCCGAACUGACCGCUGGGGAGGCUCCGUUGAGAACAGGUCCAGAUUCGUACUUGAAGCUACAAAGGCCGUUGUCGACGCAAUCGGUCCAGAUCGGGUUGCUGUGAGGCUCAGUCCCUGGAGCACGUUCCAGUCCAUGAAGAUGAACGUGGAGCUCGCAACUCGACAGUUUUCCCACAUUAUCCGGGGACUCAAGGAGCUGCGUCUCUCUUAUCUUCACCUCAUCGAGUCACGGGUCGUAAACAACAUCGACUGUGAGAAGAAGGAGGGCCUGGAGUUUGCUUUUGACAUAUGGGGCAACCAGUCUCCUAUCUUGGUCGCUGGCGGAUUCAACAGCGAGUCCGCAAAAAAUGCUGUGGACGAAGAAUACCGAGACCACAAUACUUUGGUUGUGUUUGGGAGAUAUUUUGUCUCGACACCUGACUUGGUAUUCAGAAUCCGGGAGGGCAUAGAGAUGAACCCAUACGAUCGCUCAACCUUUUAUACGCCUGUCGAGAUCAAGGGGUACACUGACUACCCCUUCAGCGAGGAAUUCCUAGGCAAGGCGUCGGUAUAA